CCAGCCUGUUGAUAAGGAAGUGAGCGCUCUCAAACAGCCGCAUAUAUGCAUCUGUGUGCAGAGGAAAGGUUCAUCCACCAACCGAGAACAGCAUGAGAGCUCUGGUCCUGUUUGUGUGCCUGUCGGUGGGCUGCCUUGCUCAAAGACCACAGCCAUGCGAAUCCCCACCGCUGCUGACUGGAAGCCUCAGCGUUGCCACACAAAGUGAGAAGUUGAUGGCUUAUGCCAAGUACAGCUACGACGCGUUGGGAAAGCGCAUCCGCCUCUCAGAGUUCGGAUCCUAUGAAAAUAAGACCUUCCACCUCGAUGUACUUUUACUCUUCAGACAGGGGGUCAUGUAUAAGAUCAACUGGAAGAACCAAACAUGUUGCAAGAAGCCACUGAAUGCAGACUUCCACCCGCUGGAGAUCCCACGGAAUGCGUCCCUGCUGGGACAGGUCGUUUUAGGCGGCUCCUCGGGUCCAGGACAGGGAGUCCUAGUCAACAGCUGGGGGGGAGAGCUGAAAAUGAAGAAGGGACCAGCAAAGUACAUGAGCACUGUCACAGAGUUCGGAUGCAUUCCUGUCAGCACUCUGUUUCACACCAGCGGAAGUGGAUGGAAAGUGACCAACUUCUUCAACAAUGUCAUCGGACUAGUAGACCCUCAGAGGCUCAUUCCUCCACAUUUCUGUAAGGGCGCUGAGCUGGAAAACAGCUCUGAUGAGGAUCCAAUGACCUUCUUCAGUUUGUUUUGAGAAUAUGAUCUUUUCAGAGAUGCUGUUGGCUGUGCAAUUGUGACUGUAUAUGAUUAUUUGCACUGUCUAAUCCCUUUUUGUGGCUACUACACAAUAGUGUAGUAGCAUUUGUAUCAGUCGGUAAAAAUCCAAUUAUACUCAAUUAAUUCCAAUGAAUGCAUUUGUAUCGGGUUUGAAAAUCAAGUCAGCAGGCUUGACCUGGCUGCAAAAUGCCUGUUUUUGUUCACUUCCACAUAUGUAAGUUAAGUGAGUUUAUAGACUUUGCUUCAAUAAAAUCUGAAUGUAUUACA